AUGGAAUUAAAGGAAACUACAUCCAGGGUGUGCGGUGCUGCUCUCCUGCUGCCACUUUUCCUCUUGUUUUGGGGAACUUCAUCCUCUGAAACUGAUAGCAGCUGUUCAUCAUCCCCGUGUGAAAAUGGUGGGAGCUGUAAGGAUCUGGAAGUGGGUUAUCAGUGCACCUGUCCCACACAGCCUGUAGCCUACACGGGCACAAACUGUGAAAUUCUCUAUGACGCGUGCAUCAAACAUGAUUGCCCUGCCCAUAGUGUUUGCAACGGGACCGAAGGACUCCUGGAAUAUGAGUGCAUCUGUAUGCCUGGCUUUACAGGUAGUGAUUGUAACAUUAACAUUAACGAGUGUGAGAGCAACCCCUGUAAAGAUCCUCAUUUUGAAUGCGUGGAUAGUAUAAAUGGAUACACCUGUAAAUGCCAAACAGGACUGGAUGGAGAAGGCUGCCAAACAGAAAGCUCUGUGUGCUCUAGCCACCCCUGCCUAAAUAAUGGGACGUGUGUUGAGGGUCCUGGGGACUAUGCCUGCAUCUGCCAACCUGGCUUCACUGGGGCCCACUGCAAAGACAACAUUGAUGAGUGCGCCUCCAACCCGUGCCAGAACGGAGCCAUCUGCCGAGACAGGGUGAAUGAGUAUAGCUGUUUCUGUGUGCCUGGGUUCCAAGGAUACAACUGUGAAAUAGACAUCAACGAGUGUGCGUCCCGGCCCUGUAAAAACAAUGGCACCUGCCUGAAUGAGAUGGAUCACUAUUUGUGCAAGUGCAUCCCCGGCUACACAGGUAUAAACUGUGAUGCUGAAAUAGAUGAAUGUGCUUCAUACCCUUGCCAGAAUGGGGCCUCGUGCAUAGAUCACAUCGGGUUCUACACAUGCACCUGUGCACCCGGUUACCGAGGAAUCCAGUGUGAGGUGGACAUCAACGAGUGUGAGAGCCAGCCGUGCCAGCACAACGGGACGUGCCAUGACUUCAUUAACAGUUACCAUUGUGACUGCAGUGACACAGGCUUUGAAGGGGACCACUGUGAGUUGGAUAUCCUGGAGUGUGCCUCUGAGCCCUGUCUGAACAAUGCCACGUGUGUUGAAGGAAUCAAGAACUACAGCUGUGCCUGUUGGCCAGGUUACACAGGACGGCACUGUGAAGAGGACGUGGAUGAGUGUGCAACAGAUCCCUGUUACAACAGAGGUGUAUGCCUUGAACGAUCCAACCAGUCCUAUUACGGAACACGACCUGACUUCCCCAGUGAUUUCAGCUAUAGCCAAGCAGCUGGUUUCCUCUGUUGGUGCCAACCAGGCUUUGCAGGGGAGACCUGCUUUAUGAACAUUGAUGAGUGCGAGUCGCAGCCUUGUCAGAAUGGAGGGCACUGCGUGGACCUUGUUGACGGCUUUCUUUGCCGUUGCCUACCAGGUUAUUCAGGUGUGGAAUGUGCUGUUAACAUCAAUGAGUGUGAGGAGGGUCCCUGCAAGAAUGGAGCUGUCUGUGAGGAUGGCAUUGCUGACUAUACCUGCCACUGUGCCCCUAGCCAGGAUGGCAUUGUAUGGGGAGGGAAGAACUGCUCUGUCAAGCUCACUGGGUGCCAGACGCAUGACUGCCAAAAUGAGGCCUUGUGCAUCCCCACCUACCAAGCUGAGAGCCACGGCCACCUGUGCCAGUGCCAGCCUGGUUUCUUUGAUGCCACAUGCUCAACACCAACAACAUUUUCCUUUGCUUCCAGAGGGUAUCUCCUCAUUGAGCUGCCCGUGAACAAUCAGAGCAGGAGGGAGAUAGCAGAUCAGCUUGCCGGUGUGUCCCUCCGGUUCCGAACCACGUUGCCCAGCGCCAUCAUUUUUUACCGAGGCCAUGAAGCUGAAUACUUGUUCCUGGAGCUCUUUGAUGGCAUUCUGCAUGCAGGACUGAAGAGGGAGGAUGUUGGGUACCUGCUGCUCCUAGAGGGGCUGAGAGUUGAUGAUGGCCAUUGGUAUAAAGUUGAAGUUGUUUUGCAGAGCACUUUGCAGCUAAAGCUCUGGCAUGACUCUUGUGAAGCAGGUGUCUGCCUGCAGAGCGCUUCCAUCCCUCACGGCACGGCUUCCAUCCCGCACGCCUUCCUCAGCGUGUAUAUUGGAGGUGCUGGGGAUCCAAUGGCCAGCAACACACAGAGCCAGCAGGGCUUUGUUGGCUGCCUGCAAGACGUGCAGGUGGAUGCUGAAGCUGUGCUGCCGGUGGAUCUCCCGGUGAACGAGUCGUCCCCAGUGAGGCUGGGCUGUGACCGGACGGAGUGGUGCCUCUCCAGGCCCUGCUCUCACGAAGGGCUGUGCGUGGACCUUUGGGCAACGUUCAGGUGCGACUGCUCCAGGCCAUAUGGAGGCCCUGCGUGCUCCUACGAGCGCCCAGCAGCAACAUUUGGCCUGGAGAAUUCUACUAGCUUUGCCUCUUUCAUCCUUUCUGAUAGCCUUGGUGCUGACUUCAACAUCUCCUUUUUCAUUCGUAGUUUGAAACCUAAUGGUUUGCUGUUGCAAAUCAGCAAUGAAACAGACCCUUGCCUCACUAUAUACUUGAAGAAUGGCAAGGUAAAGAUAGAGAUGUUAUCUACAGAUACUGUGACAUUCCCAGAAAAUGUAAUUGAUGGGAGAAGACAUUUGGUAGCUCUGUCUUUCCAAGGAGGAGUUGUUGGUGUCCACCAAUCAGACACAUACAUGGAGCUGGGACACCUUGUAGGAACACCUCUUUUAGCUGGCUAUGAAGUGUAUAUCGGUGGGCGUCCUAACCCAGACAGCGCUAACGCGUGGGGAGGCUACUUUAAAGGCUGUUUGCAAGACAUCCAGCUGAACAACCACAAAAUAGAGUUUUUUCAGGUUGAGAACUACAGUCUCCCACAGGAACAAAAUGUGAAUCUGGUAAAUGGAUGCAUCUCUGAUAACACCUGCAAGUCCGAGCCAUGUCAGAAUGGUGGCAGAUGCAUCGUCACUUGGAAUGAUUUCCAUUGUAGCUGCCCAGCAAAUUUCACUGGGAAAUAUUGUGAAGAGAGAGUCUGGUGUGAAAGUGACCCAUGUCCUGAAGCUACUACAUGUAUAGACGUUCUAGCAGGAUAUGUGUGUCUGGCUAAUGCAACAUUUAAUAGUGACGGUGCCAUUGAAUUUACCACCAACACAUCAGUGACCAGAACGCUGAGCAGCCUUCACGUGGAUUUCAGAACCAGGGACGAAGAUGCUGUUUUGCUUCGGGCUGUGGAAGAAGUGGAUUCCCUCCAGAUAGCCAUUAAGAACUCCUCCCUCCUUGUUGACAUCAGGAGUGGGAACAGUAUUGAAGGUGUCAGCUUCCUGAGUAAGAAGUCUGUCACGGAUGGUGCCUGGCACACAAUCUUUGUGUCUAUGGAAGAGCCGUCUGCACUUUCGUCCAGAUGGGUGGUUCACUUGGAUGGGUCUGUUAACAUGACUCUGCAGGGAAAUGCUGGGAACUUGGACUUCUUAAAGAACAAUGCACUGAUUGUUCUAGGUGAAAACUUCACUGGCUGCCUCGGACAAGUGAAGAUAGGGGGGAUCCACCUGCCGUUCACUGCCCACCUCUCGUACCCUCAACCAGAACAGUUUCAGCAGUCCAGAAGAAGGACCGUCCAGCUGGGCUGCACGGGGGCUGAUGUUUGUGCGUCCAGCCCGUGCCUCAACGCCGGCACCUGCCAGGACUUGUUCAACUCCUUCAGCUGUGCCUGCAGUGCUGGCUGGGGCGGGCUGCUCUGCGAGUCUAACAUUGACGACUGCCAGCCAAACCCUUGUGUUCACGGCAAUUGUGUUGAUGCAGUAGCAGAUUUUCAGUGUGACUGCUUCCGGGGAUACAUUGGGAAGAAGUGUGACAUCAAUGUGGAUGACUGUGUGCGGCACCAGUGCCAAAAUGGAGCCACCUGCAUUGAUGGGGUUUAUGGCUACUCCUGCAAGUGCCUGCCACAGUUUUCAGGACCUCGCUGCGAAUGGCCAUUCCCACCUGAGCAGUGUGGUAAGAACUUCACUUGUCUGAAUGGUGGCAAGUGCAUCACUGAGACCUGGGGAGCCAACUGCAGUUGCAAGCCUGGUUUCACUGGAAGGAAUUGUCAAAUUAAUAUAAAUGAGUGUGAUCCAAAUCCUUGCCAGAACGGAGGUACAUGUCAAGACUCUGAGAACAAAUACGAGUGUUUGUGCAGUGCCAGCUACACUGGAGAGCGCUGUGACAUUAACAAAGGGACUCCAGGUGCUUUCUUCCCCUCCCCACUAAUUGAAGUAGCUGUCCCUGUAGCCUGUGGCUCUUUACUGCUCCUCAGUAUUGGUCUCAUAUUCAUGAUUCUCACUGCAAGGAAGAGGCGCCAGUCAGAGGGAACCUACAGCCCAAGUCAGCAAGAAGUGGCAGGAGCUCGGCUGGAGAUGGACAGUGUCCUAAAGGUGCCACCUGAAGAGCGGUUAAUAUAGGCACUACCCUGACAAGCAGAUGUACCUGCGAGGUCUGCUUUGACCAUGAUCUUUUUCCAGCACUUGCAGCAGCAGAUCCACUCUUAUCUCGGUUUCCUUAAGGCAUGGUAAUGAAGACCUGGAUUUAGAAAUACAAGGCGGACUGUAUAUGCAAUAGCUGUUCUAGCUGGUUUCAUUUAAUUGAGUCAGUUGUACACCACUGGCUCAUAGUGAGCCUCUUUACUCCCUUCUGUCCUGCCCCAUGGGCUGGCCCCAUACUUCUACCCCAGUAGGAGCUAUUGAAGUGCACCAGCUUUGAAGUUCCUCUGGCUCCAUUCCACUUUUCAUGCAGCAAUGGCAUGUUUAAAUCUGCUCUAAAAGGCAGGGUUAAAUUGGGCAGUAACUUACAGACAAAGGUCUCUAUGUAGUUUUAAGGAGAGUUGGAUGGAGGAUAUUUACAGUUGCUUUAUAUACUCUGCUCUUUUUUUUUGUUGACAACUUGAACACACUCAAAGGCAUAUGAGGUUUUCAAAUCUUCAACAGCAACAGCAGCUGUGACCUCCUGCCCUGUGAUGGACACUGUUUCAGGGAGUUGUCAUUAAUUACUGAAAUCAUUGUACAAAUCAAUGUUUUAUGAAGUAAUCUGUUAGACAUUCCCAUGGGUACCAUCAAGACAGGUGCAGUCAGAACGACAUGGGUUUGUGGACCAGUGCUGAAGCUAGCUGCAGUCUCUGGUGCCAAGUACUGAACUUGUGCCUUGCAUGGAGGGGUGAGCAGGAAAGCUUCUGCAUUGCCUGGACUUGUGUGAUACAGCAGGGACUACAGCACCUAACGAGGGAAAUUGGGUGGGGGAACUCAGGGCGAGCAUUGCUGUCAUCACUCUGACAGUACCCAUGCAGUUUAGUGAGGCAGCGGGGAUGGGGAGGAGGGAUGUGAAAUGCCGUGCUGUCCAUGUGGAAGCUCUCAGUAACACCCUGUUCUACCGCAGCAGCCAGUGUGGGCGCACCUUAGUAACUCCUCCGUUGUGGGAGCAGUUGGGGCUGCAGGGGCUGCCCUUCUCCUUGCAGUUGGUGCAGCCACGGUGAUUGCCAUGAAGAGGAGGAGAGCAACUCAGGGAAGAUACAGUCCAAGCCGGCAGGAAAAAGAUGGGGCUCGAGUGGAAAUGUGGAACGUAAUCAAGCUGCCACCAACUGAGAGACUGAUAUAACGAGUGGGGUCACGGGUGCUGUGUUGUCCUUUCACUGUCAUGGAACUGUUACAGCAUUUUGGUCUUAGGCCAACUUGUUUUUU